AUGUCUUCGGAAAUAUCUGGACAACAUUUGCCAUUAUUUUCCCUGACGGAAGAUGAAAUAGCUAUGAAAGAAACAGUUAAUAAAUUGGCAGUUCAAGAAAUUGGACCCUUUGUAAAAAAAAUGGACGAAACAUCUGACAUGGAACCAGCCGUUGUUGAUAUGCUUUUUCAAAAUGGCUUGAUGGGAAUUGAAAUUGAUGAAAAAUAUGGCGGAACCGGAUGUAAUUUCAUGGUGACAAUAUUAUCCGUUGAAGAACUUUCAAAAGUUGAUGCUGCCGUAUCGACGUUAGUUUGCGUUCACAACACAUUAGUUUGUUCUUUAGUUAUGAAAGUUGCAAACGAAGCUCAAAAAAGUCAUUAUUUGCCAAUAUUGGCACAACAAAAAGCUGGAAGUUUUUGUUUAACCGAACCCACGAGUGGAAGUGAUGCAUUUAGCUUAAAAACGAUUGCUAAAAAAGACGGUGAUGAUUUUAUAAUAAAUGGUUCGAAAAUGUGGAUAUCGAAUUCUGAUAUUGCCCAAGUUUUUUUGGUUUUUGCAAAUGCCAAUCCCGAAAGCAGUUAUAAAGGUAUAACAGCCUUUUUCGUCGAUAGAGAUACUCCGGGAUUAUCGGUUGCCAAAAAAGAAGACAAAUUAGGAAUAAGAGCUUCCGGUACCUGCAUGGUUCAUUUUGACAACGUCAGAGUACCGAAAACAAACAUUUUGGGUGAAUACGGUCAAGGUUAUAAAUACGCUGCUGGAUUUUUAAAUGAAGGACGUAUAGCAAUCGGAUCACAAAUGUUGGGAGUGGCUCAAGGAUGUUUCGAUGCAACCAUUCCUUAUACAUUAGAUAGAAAACAAUUUAGACAAAGUAUUUAUGACUUUCAGUCUAUGCAACAUCAAAUAGCUGAUAUAGCGACAAAAAUAGAAGCAGCAAGACUUUUAGUUUACAAUGCAGCACGUUUAGUUGAAACUAAACAAUCGUUUGUUAAAGAAGCAUCCAUGGCCAAAUUAUAUGCAACUGAAAUCGCACACGACGUAACGCGAAAAUGUAUCGACUGGAUGGGAGGGGUUGGAUUUACUAAAGAUUUUCCACAAGAGAAAUUUUACAGAGAUUGUAAAAUUGGUACCAUAUACGAAGGUACAAGCAAUAUGCAACUGAGUACCAUUGCAAAAUAUAUAAAAAAUCAGUAUAAAAAUGCUUAA